AUAGAGGAAGUGCGCGGUGAGGGUCUCUUUCGCUCAGAGGCUGUUGGUAGUGACGGUUCGGUGCGUGUGCGAGUGGAGCAGUAGUCCAUUGAUUCUUGUUUUCUUGUGAGAAAUCUUAAACAGAAAGUACAUAAAAUGGCCGAUAAAGUAUCAGAAACCAAGGAGGAAACGAAGGAGACUACCACGAAGGAUGUGAAAGAGGCGAAAGAAACUGUAGAAGAUAAGAAAGAGAAGGAAGUUGAAGACAGUGGACCUAAGGAAAAUGGUGCUGUCCAGAAGGAUGAAUCAGAGGAUAAAACUGACGCUGAAGAGAGCUCAGAGAAAAAAGAAUCAGAUGCCACUAGUGGUAAGAGGAAGUCAGAGUCGCUUGAAGCUUCUGAAGAUGCUGGAUCUGAAGGAGCAACCCCGGAGAAGAAAGCCAAAGUUGAGAAGAAGAAAGAAUCCUCUUCCAAUGGAGAGGCUACUGCUUAAUCAGUUUUUGGCUUUUUGUCUCGGGACCAAUUAACACUGAGACCAGUAUACUUUGUCCUAUCAGAUCCCUCUUUUUGGAAUCCAGUGUUCUUAGACAUUCCUGUCGAGGUAUAGAAAAACAUUGUUCAGUUUCAUUUUCAAAAUUCGGUCAUACUUCACUUGGUGUCUUUGUUCUUUAUAGCUGCUGUAAGAUAACCAGCAAGCAAGUUUGCUUAUGGUGUAAAGUGUGUUUUAGGUUUGACAAAAUGGCUCAGAGACUUAACUUUUGUGUGAUGUAGUGUUAGGAGGAAUAUUAAUUUUUGGAGAAUCAUACUCAAACUACGGCUCCACUUCUCUUGUAAGCAGGUGAAAUGUCCAUAUAUUGGUCCUAAAAUUCAUUGUAUUCACCGGACUGUGUUCGUUAUCAAAUUGUAAUUUUUUGAAAACAUAAAUUUUAUAAAGAUUUUUAUCUUCAGGUUUAAGACCUAUAGGAAGUGCAUUUAUUUUUCAGUUAAAUUUGCAAGAAUCAAAAUGCAGUACCUGCAGUUUCUUGAAUUUGUUUUCCUAAUAUUUCUUAAGUUGUGGUGCUUCUUUAACUUAGUUUAUUACAUUGAAAAUGUUUGUGUGUAAAGAUCUCUGAGAAGGUGCUGUUAAUGUCCUGUCUAUAGCUUUGUAUUAUAAAACAGGUACUGUCUACAGCUAUCAUUGUGAUUAUCUGUAGUUGGACUAGAACUUUGUGUGCAAUUUAAUCUAAUUGUGAAAUGCCUGAGUUUCUCUUCGUGAAUUUAUAUUUAAUAGAUUAAGUGCUUCUGCAGUAUUUGGCUUCAAAGUGAUUGUAUGUACUGGGUUAAUUACAGUAUAAUUUAAAUGUAAUGUAGGAUGCAUGUUUUAUGACUCUUCUAUCAAAAAAUUGGUUUGGCUGCCUUCAGAAAGAAGGCAAAAGGAAAAACUUAGUAUGAUUGUGUUUGUAGCUGUGUGUGUAUCUAUUGUAUGUUCUGAAUUGAAUGUAUCGGCAGGAAUUGACGCAGCCUGUGACUAGGCUAGAGAAAUAAACAUCUGAGAUGUGUUAUAAUUGA